UGUGCCAAGGCCUCCAGCUUUAAGAAGCCCUCGCUAGGGGCCGCGGCCCAGAGGAAGAAGGCGAGUCCCAAGCUGGAGCUCACUGAGGAGCAGAAGCAGGAGAUCCAAGAGGCUUUCGACCUGUUUGACACAGACGGCACCGGGAGCAUAGAUGUUAAGGAGCUAAAGGUGGCUAUGAGAGCACUAGGGUUUGAACCUAAAAAAGAAGAGAUCAAGAAAAUGAUAUCAGAUAUUGAUAAGGAAGGAACAGGAAAAAUCAGCUUCGAUGACUUCUUGGUAGUGAUGACACAGAAAAUGGCUGAAAAAGAUUCCAAAGAGGAGAUUCUCAAAGCUUUCAAACUCUUUGAUGACGAUGAAACCGGCAAAAUCUCCUUCAAAAACCUCAAACGUGUCGCCAAAGAACUGGGGGAAAAUCUCACAGAUGAAGAGCUGCAGGAAAUGAUCGAUGAAGCAGAUAGAGAUGGGGAUGGGGAAGUGAACGAGCAAGAAUUUUUGAGGAUCAUGAAGAAGACCAGCCUUUAUUGAAACAGAAUUUUAUUUAUUUUUGCACGUGUAUAUACGUUUGGUAGGUGCCUCACUUUUUUACAGUCUUUUGAGACAGCAGAAAAUAUAGGUCAAUAUUAUUUUUAGGCAAAUGGUCUUAAACUUGUGUUUGUGAACAGUUACCAACCGCUGACCUGUUUACAUCUACCAAUGUGGUUGCUUGUGCUUGCACGUUUUACGCUCUUUGUUUUCCAUACACACAUCACGUUGUUCAGUGACAGU